AUGUUAAGGUUAAUGGAAGCCAGCGAAGAGUUUUGCGGUAAAAAAUUAGAAAUUCUUCAACAAUCUAUGAAGGAGCAAUGUUCACUGUAUUUUGCUCAGUACCACGCUUCCCGGUUAGAUGAAUUAUGUAUAUUUUUAGAACAUGAUGGAUGGGAGUUGUGCCCAGUGAAAUCUACAUUUACUGCUACUCAAUUGCAAGAGUUCAAGAGUUUAGAAUCGGUUUUAAAUGAUAGUGAAUUGUUAGGUUCGACGAAUACAACAAAUGCGAAAUUUGAUAAUACUAAAGAUGAAGACAUUUUAGCGACAAUUGGCGAAAAAACAGUUGAUUAUAUAUCUGAAGAUUCUGAGGAUGAAAUUAAUCAUGAUUCCAUCCUCAACUAUGCUUUUCAAAGACUUUAUACAAAAAAAAAAAUCAAAACAAGACUAGCUGUCCCAAUGGUAACUAAUACUACUCUUAAUGUACUCAGAGUUUGCGGAAGAUAUUUACAGAUGUCAAAACUUCUAACAUCUAUUGCUGUAACUGUGAUUCAAAGUAUGAUUCAGUUUUUUGAGUUAUACCUGUAUUGCAUCAAUUUAUUUUUUACGUCUGAUUUCAACAUCACUAGCAAAUCAGUCUAUACGUCUAAGCUUAGAUCAACUUUGACACGUAUUGAGAAAAACUUAAUUCGUGAUGGUACAAUAAAUAUGGACGAUGAAACAUUGAAAGUACGAAGACUUAAUUUAUCACCAGUUGUCGAUCUUCAUAGCGAUGAUAAUUUUUUUGGGCUUGCUGAACGAGUUGUUGGAGUCGAAUCACUUAUAUUUUUAGGUCAACAGUAUGAUAACUUACAAAGUUAUUUAAGACGACUGAUUUCAGAAAAUUCGGAAAAAGGAUUCUUAGAUCAAUUUUACACAGAGACUGUAAGAUCUGCAGUUGAUUUGCGAAAACCAGUAUAUAUGGCUGUUGUAUCGAAGUACUUCAAGGAUACCAAUAUUAUAACUCUAAUGAAUAAGGUUAAUUGGGAGAUCAAAGAUGUUAUGUCACAACAUAGUAGUUAUAUCGAUGUACUUCAUCACGAAAUUGAAGCUUUCGCGAGAAGUCUUAAUAAUUUAACCCGUAUUAUACCAAUAACAACUGAUGUAAAAUUUGCAUUAUGGGACAAUGUUGCACAUUUAAUUACAAAUACAACUUCAGAAACACUUCUAUGGCAAGCCGUUUUACUUUUUAAUACAUCAAGUAUUUAUAGCAAAUUGGAAAUUCAUUAUGUCGAAAAUCAUAAUUCCAACAAUUAUUAUUAUGUCCAUCGAUUUGUUGCAGAGAGAAAUUAA